AUGGAAGCCUCCCGCCAACCCUCCUCCAUCCCACCAGCCAAUCCCCCCAGCGUGGAGAUCGCCUACAAGCGCAAAUGCAUAGCGCUGAAGAAGCGCCUCGCAGAAGUCGAAGCUGAAAAUGAAAUCAUGCGAACCCGCAACCACCGCGGCUCCCAAUACAUCAAGAAAAUGCGCCUGGAGACCUGCAUGCUUCUCGAGCGUCUGACAAAGGUCACCGGCAUGGCCGAUGAGGCAAAGACCGGAGCUGCAAACCCGGAACUGCGUGCCCGCGCAGCUGCCAUAAUGAAUACUGGUCCACAGGGUGGAGCUGGGGCGCUUCUGGAAGAUGAUACCGAGGGUAGCUCUGAUGAGCAGCCGCGCACGCCGGAGGAACGUCCCCUACGCGUUAAGCGCUCCCGCAAGUCCACUGCCGCCGGAAUCGACGGUCAGGAUGAUGACCUCCCCGCUCAUGAUGGACACCCCGAAUCUGCAGAUCCCGCUGGUGCAGCCCUCCCCCGUCUCGCGCCGGCUCCAACACAGGAGUCUCUUACUCACUCCUUCCGUGUGCAGACAGGUAGUGGUGGCUCUGCUGAUCAGACUCCUACUGCUGAGGCUGGUCCUGAGUCUGGGACUACGCCGAUGGAUAUGGAUAAGGAGGAGGCUAAAGUGGCUAAGGUUGAGCAGUCUUAG